AUGAAAUGUAAUCAAAUGAAAUCCGACGGUUUAAGUUAUUGGAAUGUGAAAAAAUCGUAUAAUAAUAAUAAUAAUAAUAAUGAGAUGGAAAAUAUUGAUGAUGAAGAACAAUCUAUUGCUUUUAGUGUAAGUUUAUUAUUAAAAAACAGAAAUAUUUCUCAACCAAAUUUAGUACAAUUACCAUCACAUCUUAUUACAUCACCUGAUUGUCGAUGUCAUCGUUCAUUUCAUAUUUUUUGUACAGAUUUAUUUCAUGAAAACGAUCAAAAUAUAGAUAUGAUUAAUAUUCAUCCAGCACCACGUAUACAUGACAGAGAUUUAUCUCGUCGGGUAUCAACACCAUAUAAAAAACCUCGUCCACGAAAACUCGAAGAUAAUGAUCAAGAUACUAUUGUAACAACUAGAUCAGAACCAUGUCAAGUAAUUGUUCCAGAAAGUCAAUCACUUGAAAAAAAGUUACGUGUUCCACCAAGAUUUCCAAUGCGAACAACAUCAUUAAAUAUUCAACCUCCUUAUCGCUCAUAUCAAACAUCAUUAAAAUAUUCUCCAUCAAUAUGUAUACCAAAACAAACAGCAACAAUUGAUGAAUUACAAAUUCGUGCUUCAUCUGUUUUUGAUCAGUCACCAUCAACAUCACAAUUAUUUAUUCCACGUGGUCCACCACCAUCACCAAAAACACCUACACAAGAAUUAUCAACAAUAUUCAUAAGUUCAAUUAUUCCACCACCACUUCGUGCUAUAUCUAUAACACCAUGUGCUAGAAAUUCAAGUGAAAAUACAAAAAAAGUAACAAAUCCUUCACCAGUUAAAAUAAGAAAUUAUGAAGAUCAUGCACGAAAUUAUCUUUCAGCUUCAGACUGUUCUGAUAGUGAUGAAGAUAAUAAUGAGGAUAAUAAUGAUAAUAAUAAUAAAAAUAUCAAUAAAGUAAUAACUAUAAAAAAACCCAAAACACCUCAACGUACUCAAUCAUUAUCAAGAACAGGAACAACAUUACGUGAUCGUUUGUUAACACAAAAUACAAAUCAUUAUUUAAGUUUAGCUGAAGUUUAUUAUUCAUCAUUUGAUGUAUAUAAAAAUCUUACAGAAAAAUCUCGCAAAGGUUUAAGAGCACAAACACGUUUAACAAUGUCAAAUAAUGACAAUGAUGAUGCAUCAACAACUAUAACAAAAACAACAAAGACAACACAAGGACUACAAUCAAAAUCAGGUUUUGGAUUUUCUAAAACAGCAAGUUCAAUGCAUUUUGGAUAUGCAGCUGGUCGACUUCCUUUACAAGGAACUUUUGAAAAAUGGCCACAACCUCUUUCACAUCGAACAUCAAUUGAAAGAAAGCAAGAAGUUACAACACUUCGUCUAGUGACAUUGCCUUUGGUUACAUCUUGA